AGGAGCCUGCCCUCUGCUCCAGCGCUAAUCCUGGAGGUGCUGGCGUAGCCGCGGACGGAAGAAAGCGGGCGGCAGGGCGAACCAGCCCCAGCCUUUGGCUAGGCGAGCUCAGGUCUAGGGCGAGUCGGGCAGCGGCGGAGCCCCGCUGCGCGGCGCGGCCGUUCGCCCAGUGCGCACGCGCGGCCGUCUGCGCUCCUCCCCGGAGGCACCGCCCACUACCUGGGGACGUCGACGGCGCGCGGCGCUCUGGGCCAGAUAAAUGCGGCGCUGCCGGCCGUAGGGGCGCUUCGACCUGGAUCACCUGGGCGUUCUGACGAUUGGUGGCGUUGUGGCCCGCGCCUGAGCCCGCCCUGCUUUUCGCUGUGCCAUGGCGGACGGGGGGAAGUCAUACAACGAGCAUGAUGAUCGAGUUAAUUUCCCUCAAAGAAGAAAGAAAGGUCGGGGUCCUUUCCGGUGGAAGUGUGGUGAGGGGAACCGUAGGUCUGCAAGAGGAGGUGCUAGCAUUCGAUCUUCCCACCUUGAAGAAGAUGACAGAGAUGUGGCGAUGAGUGAUGCCCAGGAUGUUCCCCGAGUAAGAUACAACCCCUAUGCUGCACGAACUAACCGUCGGGGCGAUAAUUGGCAGGAUCGAGACCGCAUUCAUGUUACUGUGCGAAGAGACAGAGCUCCUCCACCGAGAGGAGGGGCUGGCACCAGCCAGGACGGGACCUCAAAAAAGUGGUUUAAGAUUACAAUUCCUUAUGGCAGAAAAUAUGACAAGUCAUGGCUCCUGAAUAUGAUUCAGAGCAAGUGCAGUGUCCCUUUCACCCCCAUUGAGUUUCACUAUGAAAACACACGGGCCCAGUUUUUUGUGGAGGAUGCCAGUACUGCCUCUGCAUUGAAGGCCGUGAACUAUAAGAUUUUGGAUCAGGAGAACCGAAGGAUAUCCAUCAUCAUCAACCCCUCCACGCCACCCCGCACUGUACUGAACGAACUGAAGCCGGAGCAAAUAGAGCAGCUAAAGUUGGUCAUGAGCAAACGAUACGAUGGCUCCCAACAACUACUUGACCUCAAGGGCCUCCGUUUAGACACAGAUUUGGUGGCCCAGAACAUUGAUGUUAUCCUGAACCGGAGAAACUGCAUGGCGGCCACCCUGCGCAUCAUUGAGGAGAACAUUCCUGAGCUGUUGUCCUUGAACUUGAGCAGUAACAAGCUAUACCGACUGGAUGACAUGUCCAGCAUUGUGCAGAAGGCACCCAACCUAAAGAUCCUAAACCUCUCAGGAAAUGUGUUGAAGUCUGAACGGGAAUUGGACAAGGUGAAAGGGCUGAAGCUAGAAGAGCUGUGGCUUGAGGGAAACCCCCUGUGCGACACCUUCCGAGACCAGUCCACCUACAUCAGCGCCAUUCGCGAACGAUUUCCAAAAUUAUUACGCCUGGACGGCCAUGAGUUACCCCCACCAAUUGCCUUUGAUAUUGACGCCCCCACGAUGUUACCACCCUGCAAGGGAAGCUAUUUUGGAACAGAGGCCCUAAAGAAUAUGGUCCUGCACUUCUUGCAACAGUACUAUGCAAUUUAUGAUUCUGGAAACCGGCAGCGACUCCUGGAUGCCUACCAUGAUGGGGCCUGCUGCUCCCUGAGCAUCCCUUUCAACCCCCAGAACCCUGCUCGAAGCAGCUUGGGCGAGUACUUCAAGGAUAGCAGGAAUGUGAAGAAGCUUAAAGACCCUACCCUGCGGUUUCGGCUGCUGAAGCACACACGGCUCAACGUUGUCGCCUUCCUCAAUGAGCUGCCCAAAACUCAGCAUGACAUCAAUUCCUUUGUGGUAGACAUAAGCGCCCAAACAAACACGUUGCUGUGUUUUUCUGUCAAUGGGGUCUUCAAGGAAGUGGAUGGAAAGUCUCGGGAUUCUUUACGAGCAUUCACACGGACCUUCGUCGCUGUUCCGGCCAGCACCUCAGGGUUAUGUAUCGUGAACGAUGAGCUGUUUGUGCGUAAUGCCAGCCCUGACGAGAUCCAAAGAGCUUUCGCCAUGCCUGCACCGACACCUUCCUCCAGCCCUGUGCCCACCCUCUCCCCAGAGCAGCAGGAAAUGCUGCAGGCAUUCUCUGCCCGGUCUGGCAUGAACCUUGAGUGGUCCCAGAGGUGCCUUCAGGACAACAACUGGGACUACACCAGAUCUGCCCAGGCCUUUACUCAUCUCAAGGCCAAGGGCGAAAUCCCAGAAGUGGCGUUCAUGAAGUGAUCUCAAGUCAUGCCCCAGAAGAAGCCCCUGUAAAUAGUCCUUGGAUAUAGAUGUCUCCUUGUCAUGGUUGUUGUCUCCUCCUCCUCUCUGGCCCCAAGGCCACCCUGUGACUGUGACCCACGAGAGAGGGCUGCUGGAUCCCUCUCUUCACCUGCCUUCUGGAAGACUCUGGAAGACUUUCAGAAGAUUGAGCCUGGUGCCAGGAAGCCAAAGGUUACUUUGUAGAACUGACACUAAAUUACCCCGAAGGACUGAGGUGCUUUGUGUACUUACCCCCGACUCCUCCCUACUUUUUAAGAUAAAGAGUGAUACUGUAUUUUG